CGGACGGCGCGACAGUCCAGGCAGCAUGGUUUCGAGAGAUUAAGCGGUUUUACAGAUAGAGAAGAGACCCGGUUUCAAUUCCCUAUGUACUUUUCAUUCUAAUCGUCUUCUUUCUAGACCUUUCAAAGAUGAAUAUUGUCGAAUGGGCUUUUGGCAAACGCCUAACGCCGGCUGAGCGUUUGCGGAAGCAUCAGAGGGCAUUGGAAAAGACGCAGAGAGAAUUAGACAGGGAACGAAUUAAAUUGGAAAACCAGGAGAAGAAACUGGUCCAAGAUAUUAAAAAGAACGCCAAAAAUGGGCAGAUCGGAGCGUGCAAGAUUCAAGCGAAAGAUCUAGUCAGGACCAGGCGGUAUAUUCAGAAGUUUUAUUCGAUGAGAACCCAGUUGCAGGCGAUUUCUCUUCGAAUACAGACCGUCAGGAGUAAUGAACAGAUGAUGCAGUCAAUGAGAGGUGCUACGAUUCUCCUGGGAAGCAUGAACAGGCAAAUGAAUUUGCCCGCAUUGCAGAGAAUCGUCAUGGAAUUUGAACGAGAAAAUGAAAUCAUGGAUCAACGGCAGGAGAUGAUGGACGACGCAAUUGAUGAAGCGACUGGCCUUGACGAUGAAGAAGAAGGUGAAGAGAUCGUAAAAGAAGUGCUAGACGAAAUCGGAGUUGACCUUGGCCAAGCACUCGGUGAGACACCAACUGGCCUGCAAACGACUGGAAUACAAGAAGGCCGUAUUGCUCAAGCUGUUGGCGGUGGCGGCACUGCUGAAGACGAUGACUUGCAAGCCAGGUUGGAUAGUCUUCGAAGAUGAUGUCAGCUCCAAAGACUUAGCCUUUUUAUAUUGUCGUGCUUCUUUGGUGUGCAGCGGCGGCGUUUAGGAGUCAUUGGAGAAGUGAUAAUUUUUCUAUGCAGGCGAGGUAAUGGGCUUGAUAUUUAGAGCAUUCCCUGGCUACAGCUAUGCUCACAGAUUCAAUCUGCGAGCUAGCCCUUGAGGUUCCUGCAUUGGAGCUAUGCGCAAUG